AUGGCCCCAGUGGCUGCUGAAAAAAAGACUGAGAGGUCGUACUUGAGUUCUGCAGUUGAUUCCAUUAACCCUUGGGCCACCAGUCGCAGUACAACUCCGACUCAAAAGCCCAAAGCAGAACCGGACAGUCUUCUGACCGCGGCGCCUGCGAAUCCAGAUGACCAUAGCACAACUCACCUAUAUGGCCAGAGUCUCCGGACAUAUCCUUCAGGAUGCCCUCCACUGAAGGUUCAGUGGUUUCACGCCGUGGAUGUCCCUAAGCGAAAGCCCAAACUAAGUCGUUCGACGGAACCUGAGCAGGUUUCUACGACGCCCAAGAAAUAUAAUGCAUUUUCGACCUCGGACUCCAGGGCUCUUGAAGCUGAGUAUCAGAAGCUGCUCGAGAAAACGGAAAGUACUCGAAGCCAAGCCCCCAGAAGCACACACGCAGCCACAAGAAAGCGUAAGGCAGAAGUUACAGGCGACACCACUGAUGAUAUCUCGGAUCAGGCUGCCGGAAUCUUGUGUUCACAUUCGACUGGCAUCCGUGUCCCGGUGAACGAGGACUUUCUGUUUGACGUGGAUAUUGAAUCCCGCGAACUGGCCCCUGUCUAUUGGCUUGGGCCAGUUUAUAGUGUUCGACGCGGAACAUGGUUCUAUCAAGAAGGCUCGAACUUGCGCCCUUGCGAGGAGAAUCUUGCUGCCCAGCUUGAGGAGGGUUAUCUUAAGAUGAAGCCAUGGUUAUAUCCCACAAGGGAUCGUAGUCCAUCGGGUACGAGACGAAACAUGACGCCAAAGGCGUCACAAGAGAACCUAAGGUCAGCACUCAAGGGACCAGUAGAGAACACCGCCGCACCGCAAGUUGGUGAUGCUUCACCAACAGAACCACCUUCCCGUGGUCAGAGUGAACCUCAGUCGUACCGCUUGUUUGGAACACAUAUGAACAGUAUGGCCACUUAUCAUGAUACAAAUACUGCUUAUCUGAAUACAGAGGGCAUGCUUUCGUGGGUGGCUUCCUCUAUGUACCAGAGAUUCUCUGGCGGGAGUUAUAUGAGUGGAGUGAAACUGGUUCGCGGUUACUCUGAGCCUUCUAAGAGCAAAGAAAAAGACGCAGAAAAGGAAAAAAGGGACGAAAAUAAGCCUGAAAAUGGCGAGGAUGUGUUGCCACUCGAUGAAAAACAACAAAAGCUGUUGAAGCGAAGAUCCGCACCGCCUUCGGCUCGAGCCUCACAGGAAGAACCGAUUCAAGAAGGCGUGAACAACCCAAGUCGAGACCCUCGGCAAUCAACGCUCCAGCGACAGCUAUCUUCUCUUCUUGAAAGCGAAAGUAAGACUAAGGCUGAAAAGGAAGAAGAAAUACGCCGGCGGCAAGAACAAGAAAUUCAAGACGACUACAACGCGCAGGCCGGUGAGACUCAAGGACGUGAAAUAGAGCACCUGGUGCUUGUCACCCACGGCAUAGGCCAGCUUCUCAGCUUACGAAUGGAGAGUGUCAACUUUGUCCAUGAUGUUAACGUCCUCCGCAAAACAAUCAAGUCCGUUUAUGCCAACUCGGCAGACUUGAAGGCAUUGAACUCAGAGCUGGGAGCAGGACCGGGUAAUAGCAGAGUGCAGGUGCUCCCCGUGUGUUGGAGACACUUGUUAGACUUUCCCAAGAAGCGCGAGAAGAAAGGCGAGCGUGAUCUGGGGGAUCUAGACGGCGACGAGGACGAGUACCCAUCUUUAGAGGAUAUCACUAUUGAAGGUGUGGCUUUCGCCCGUUCUCUGAUUUCAGAUCUUGCGUUGGAUGUUUUACUGUAUCAAAGUUCGUACCGAGCUCAGAUUUCGAAGAUUGUUCUCAACGAAUGCAACAGAAUUUUCAAACUGUUCAGAGAACGGAACCCGGACUUUCGGGGGAAAGUGCAUCUGAUGGGUCACUCUUUAGGUUCGGCUAUCCUUUUCGAUCUGCUUUGCCAACAGAGACGGGACCAAGUCCCCGGCUUGAGAUCAAUUAUGAGGCUAUGGCCCGCUCAGAAUAGUCCCGAAACGCCCAGCAAAGACUCCGAUCUCACCCUAGAAUUUAAGGUUGAUGACUUCUUUUGUAUCGGUUCUCCGAUAGGCCUCUUUCAAAUGCUCAAGGGGCAGACAAUAGCAGCGAGACAUCAUAUUUCAGCAGGGAAAGUCAACGCUACAGGGGGGGAAAGCACUUCAGAUGAUAUUCUGCGCCCUACACCCCUUCCUUCAGGGACAGAGCAGAUUUCCUCGGUAACUGGUCUUCCUACGUCUGUCGCAUCACCAAAGGUUCAGCAGAUUUUCAACAUCUUCCAUCCUUCAGACCCUAUUAGUUACCGCCUAGAACCUCUGAUAUCACCCUCUAUGUCGGUACUGAAGCCCCAGUUGCUACCUUACACGAAGAGAGGGAUCUUUGGCAAUGUUGCACCGCAGGGAUUGACAGGAAUUGGAGCCAAAGUUGGCCAGAGCGUCAGUGGACUGUGGUCAAGCCUGAGUGCUGGUAUCGCCAGUAAUCUACUCAAUCGCUCUCUCGGGUUAAGUAGUGAAGAAGUGGCGCGGCUGACGGCUAACGUAAGUCAAGGAGAGGCUACCAGCACUGAUGCCACAGGGACCAAGGUGGCAACGAACCAGGACGUCUCCAGUGCUGCUGAAAAGUUGGAGGUAACAGACGCACGGAUGAGAAAGCUCGCGGACUCUGCAACUGACAACUCUGGGCUUGACUCGAGAACCGGAGAUCAUAACCCGACAUUGAUCGACGAUGAGAUUGAAACUUUGUAUACCAGUUUCCAGAAAAGCCGUCUUCGACCGGCAAAAGACGAGGAUGGUGCAACGACCACAGCAGCAGAUGAAGAUAAGAAGGCGCGUAAGAUGCGUAAUGAGGAGGCCAAAGUUCGAGCACUUAACCGUAACGGCAGAGUUGAUUAUAGUAUCCAAGAAAGUGUCCUCGACUUCAACCCGAUCAAUACGAUUGCAUCUCAUAUGGCAUACUGGGGCGACGAAGACGUGAAUCAUUUUGUUCUGUCGCAGUUGUUGUCGAACCGGUCGAGCUUCAAAAGUGACCCUGAGGACUCGUCCAAGAAAGACUUAGCAUGA